AUGGUCAUCAAUCCCACAUAUCUGGCCCAACGGUCACGUUCCUCAAUCAACUGGUCCGAUGCACGACGGCGAGUCCUGAAGUCCUACCGAGAAUGGCUGAGAGCGGGACCUGAGAUCCAGCAGCUCUACUCCCUGAACAUGCCGGUCUCCCGAAUCCGCACGAAGGUCAGAGAAGAAUUCGAAAAGCACAGAUAUGUCAACAACGUACAGGCGGUCGACGUGCUGCUUCAGCAGAGUCAUGCAGAGUUUCAGGAAAUGUUGAACUACUGGAAGCAAUACACCCACGUCAUGAAAUAUUUUCGGGUGGACGAAGAUGAGAACGCGAAACUGCCCAAGAACUUCAUCCAGGGUUUCCUCGAGGGCCGGAACUGA